GUUCUCGACCGCACUGCCGCGCGGGUGCAGUUUCAUACGGUUUUCGCAGUCAGCACUUCCCGUCGAUCGCUGAUCGUCUCGUCCGUCGCCGCGCCCGUACACGGUCGCCAUGUUUUACCUGGAGGACUUCAUGGAAAAGCUCGAACUGAUGCCACGCGAGAUGCAAAACCGCUUGAAGGAAAUACGGGACCUGGACGCGCAAGUCGAAGAUACUAUGAACCAUGUAAAAUGUGAUGUAGAAACAUUGUUUUCAAAUGCAGAUCAACUGAAUUCAAGAGUAUUAAAAUCUGAGUUUCAAGCUAUAAUGAAAGAAGGUGAAAAUGCUAUUAAAAAAUCUGAAAAUAAAAUUCAAGCAGCUAACCAAAUGCAAAAACUUAUGACAAAAUAUUUAAAUCGAUUAGAUCACGAACUACAAUCAUUUAAAAAGGAAUUAGACACUAAUAAUAGUGGCAUCACUGAACUUAUUGAAAAAAGAGUUUUGGAUUCAGAAGAAGGCAACUAUACCAAUGAAAAAAAAAAUAAGUAUCAGCCUAAACGAUAUAUUUUUGAAGGUAAAAAUUUAAACAAAACGAUUUUGACGUAUCGAAUCUGGUUGUUCGCGCAAACGUCUUACUAAUUCCUCAAGCGAUAAAUUUGUCUUACGACGACCGGUCCGACCAGUAGCGUAAAUAUAUCAAUCUUUCAAGAAACUUCUACGGCCUCACCACCUUUAUGAAUAUGGUCGGACCGGAAAAGCUACUACGUCGCCGAAAUGUUUGACAGUACACCUGCAACUUUCAAUGUGGUUUUUGCUAUGCGACCACAUUGCGUACUCCUUGUAGUCGACAUUCAAAUGCUGAGAACCAGUAUCAGUCUGCUGUACACGAAGAUUGCUGGCUUUAUUCGCGAGCAACUUACAUUUUGCUGUCGAAAAAGUCAACCACCGUUUCUAGUGUUCGUCGCACGUGCCUAAGGGCAGUCGCGUGGGCGCAACCAAUCAAACACCCAGCCGUCUGAGGUAUUAUAGUUGCACCUUGUAACGUGUGGCGUCUUUGAUUUUAUUAUAUAUCCUUCUUUUUGUACCAUUAUACUGUAGUAUAUUGUGCCGUCGUGAUUUUUGAUGUUUGACUAUUAUUAUUUAGUUUUUUUU